AAACACAAGCCAGAGCGGGAGGAGGAGAGGAGCCGCCAGCAGCACUGCAGCCGCCAGCCCUGCCGCACUAUGCCCCGCUGAGCGCUGCCAGUGCCCGAUCACCCGCCGCGGUCCGUCAGCAUGGCCCAGGAGCGCCUCCAGCCCCGGCUGUGUCACAUCCAGAAGGGGGAGCAGGGCUACGGCUUCCACCUGCACGGAGAGAAGAACAAGACCGGACAGUACAUCCGCAAGGUAGAGCCUGGCUCCCCGGCGGAGCUGGCCGGCCUGAGGGCUGGGGACCGGGUGCUGGAAGUCAACGGGGCGAACGUGGAGAAGGAGACCCAUCACCAGGUGGUGCAGCGCAUUAAAGCCAUAGAGAACGAGACGCAAUUGCUGGUCAUAGACAGAGAGGCGGACGAGUACCGGCGCCUCUCACAAUCCAGCUCGCUCCCUGAAUCCCAGCCGAACUCCAGUGCCCCGUCCUCCCCGACAGUGGGCAACAAUAACGGCGAGAUAUGGAAGACGAACGAGGACACAAGCCUGGAGGACCAGCUGCAAAAUAACCACAGCACAGAGAACGGAAAACAGGACAUGAAUGGACAGAUGAAGGAAAGAUGUCCUCGGCUCUGUGUUUUAAAGAAAGGACCCAAUGGCUACGGAUUUAACCUUCACAGCGAGAAGUCUCGGCCUGGACAGUACAUCCGCUCUGUAGACCCCGGUUCUCCAGCAGCCAAGGCCGGACUGAGACCACAGGACCGGCUGGUGGAGGUAAACGGACAGAACGUGGACGGCGUGAAGCAUUCUGAGGUGGUAGCGAACAUAAAAUCCAAAGACAACGAGACGACGUUACUGGUGGUGGAUCAAGAAACAGAGGAAUACUUCAAGAAGUUGGGGGUCACUCCGACCGAAGCUCACAUCAAAGGAGGUGUAAUCCCCCAGUCACUGACCAAUGGAGUGAGCAAAACACAGCUCAACGGAGGCUCCUCCACUUCCUCCUCUCACAGUGAUUUGCAGAGCCCCGAUAAAGACUCACAGGCCGGUGACCUGAUCCGAAAAGACCCCUUUGAAGAGAGUGGCCUACGUCUCAGCCCCACGGCGGCCGAAGCGAAAGAAAAGGCCCGCUCGAAGAGAGCCAACAAACGAGCUCCCCAAAUGGACUGGAGCAAGAAACACGAAAUUUUCAGCAACUUCUGAUCCUCCCUCUCGGCACACGAACGGUCGGGACGAGAGCGGGGCGCAGGACUCAAACCCCUUUCUCCCCACUAAACACUGCGCGUUAACCGGAGGGCGCAGAUUAAAACCAACUAACAAGAGGUCGUCACCAAACCUAUAUCUGUUUAACCAUUUCAGCUCGGUGGCAUUUUACGGCAUAUCAUGUUGACUUAGACACUGCCAGGCCACAUAUUAUACCCACACCAGCAUCAGAGGAUGGAUCUGCCCAUGGUGCGCUAUUUGCGGGCAUUACUGAGUCAUGGGCGUACCCGGGGGCUUGAAGGAAAAGUCUUAACUCCUGACUGGAAUUUAGACAGAAAAAGCAAUGAAUUGUGGGAAUUGACGACAAGGACAACAGUUCUCCAUUGCUAAACCAGCAGGGUUCUGGCAGCCGCAUCGUCCUCCUCCUCCUGUGUUUAUAAGACUGUUUCCUCAUCCUGUCCUGCGGUCCCACCAAGGAAUAGAUGUAGGAUUUCCUCCGCCAGGGACCACCGCUAGCAAAGCACUUAGGAGAUCAUCACCUGUAGGCAGAGUGCCCUCUAAUUCACGUCCACCCUCCAGACCCCGACAAGCUAGACGUAGGUGUCAUCCACGAAGAAGCAUAUUCUCAGUACAUAAGAUUGCACAAUUUCUUCCAGACACAGGGCUUUGUUAACACUUUUGCUGCCAACUCCUCCUGGUAAUGGAAACCAGUACCAGUACACGGUCGUCCUGCUGACAGCAGUUUAUAGCGCCGUCAAUACGUCUUCGUGAUUAUCCAUUGCAUUUAGUGCACAGGAGGGUUGGGGGAGGGGGGCACAGUUUGGGCCUCAUGUGGAAUAAGGCAGAGUGUUGCAUGUCAGGCCGUCCCCAGGGGUCACACAUUCCUCACUGCGGCCCAGAACCGCUGGCGCUCUCUUACCCAAUCGAUGUGCACAUGGUUUGAGUUAAGUGAAAAAAAAAAAAAAUAACAAAAGCUCAAAAUCAAGUCAAUCAGCCCCGGAGAGUCGGAGUAA